CUAAUGAACUCGUAAAACCAAGCCCAGUAAAAAAACGACAUCGUCUCAUACACAAGAAACGACCCACCGUUUACGUUUCGUGAUUAUUAUAGAUCCAUACACCGCGCCAGGUCACCAUCAUCAUCGUCGUCGUCGUCGACACGACAUGCCGUCGAUACUGAAACUCUUCUCCCUCCCAAAACCCUUAACCCUCAGACCGCAAUUUUCGCGCCACCCGACAACAACCUCGGACCGUGGCCUCGUAUUCCACGAAAAGGUGCUCUACCUUAAAGCCCUCAAAGUGAACCCCAACAAGGCCUUUCGCUUAAACCCCACCCUCCGCUCUUCCCCUCUCUCAACCCUAAAAUCAGUGACGCGCUCCCUUUCUUCGUUGGGCAUUCCACGCGCCGCCAUGGGUCGCAUCCUCGACAUGCUCCCCGUGCUCCUCACGUGCGACCCCUAUUUACAAUUCUACCCCCUCCUCGACUUCCUCCUCCACGAGGUCCCGAUCCUCUACCCCGACGUCCACCUCUCCAUCCUGCGCAGCCCUAGGUUACUCGUUUGCAGCGUUAACAACCAAUUGCGACCAACGUUGUGCUUUCUGAGGGAAUUAGGGUUUAGUGGGCCCCACUCGCUCACGUGCCAGACGACCCUGCUGCUCGUUUCCAAUGUGGAGGACACCCUUUUGCCCAAGAUUGAGUUUUUGAAGGGUUUGGGGUUCACCCACGAAGAGGUUGCUAACAUGGUCGUGAGGUCACCUGGGUUGUUGACUUUUAGUGUGGAGAAGAAUUUGGGGCCGAAGGUGGAGUUUUUCUUGAGGGAGAUGAAUGGGGAUGUUGCUGAGCUCAAGAGGUUUCCACAGUACUUCUCUUUUAGCUUGGAACGGAGAAUUAAGCCGCGGUUUGGGAUGCUAAGACGUGUUGGCGUGUCAAUGAAUUUGGAAGAUAUGUUGAAGGUUAGUGAUGGCGGGUUUAAUGCUAGGUUGGUUGAUUCAACCUCGAGAUUUUUUAGGUAACCAUGACCACAUCACAAUUGUAAUUGCAGCCACAUUUAUUUGCAAGUUCCUGCCGUGUUAAGGAUUGCGAUGUGACUACCAUCGCAAUGUAAAACCUUCAUUGUUGGUUUUGCUAAAAGUAUAAUGGUUGGUGAAUAUAUGUGCAUUAGUUAAUGGCUGUUAAGUUGUGGUAGAGAAAGGGCUGCUUGGGAUUCAUAGGAAGCUAGAUUUUGGUUAUGGAAAAUGAGGAGUUGGAUUUAGGUGCACUUUAGAGAGUAAUGUACAGUAUUGGAAUUGUAGAAUUGAUUUUAUUGAUGAGAUAUAUGUGCAUGUAAUAUGAACUAUUGUGUUGUUAGAAUCUAAAUUGUCAACUUUCUAAUCAA